AUGAGUCUUCAGCCGCAUAAGGAAUGGCGUUUUAUCAUCUACACAAUUCCGCCGUUGACUGGCGUUGCUUCCCUUGGAGCAUCCUACGUCUGGACUCGUCGAGCGAAAUCCAUCCUUUACUGCCUCCUUUCCCUCUCCCUUGUCCUUUCAACCUUGGUUUCGUUCGCGAUCUCAUUCCUUAUCCUUCUACCUAUUUCCAUGGCCAACUACCCAGGCGGAGCAGCCAUGAAGCAAGUGCAUGUUCUCGCCCAUAACACUCAACCAGUCAUUACCGUCCACAUGGACACAUUAACAUGCCAAACCGGAGCAACUCAUUUCUUGGAAAUGCCAAUUCCCAGGUCCCCAAUGAUCUAUCUCCCUGGCUCGAACGAUGGUAGCUUUCCCGAACUCAAAGCCGGAGAGUCCAGAUGGAUAUAUGACAAGACAGAAAGCGAAAUUGAAAAGAGAAACUCUGAAUUUUGGGGUCAUAUUGAUUAUGCCCUUGUUGAAGACGAGUCGGUUCUCCGUGGAAUGGGUAAUUGGAGGCUUAUUGAUAACGCUUAUGGAUAUGAUGGGAUCCGCAUUGUUCGGCCAGGUACUGAUAACUGCUACGCGUGUGGUGUCGAGACUAUGAUCUUGCGGACAUUCUUUGGGGAUACAGGAGUUGAUUAUUGGGAAUCGUUCAAGGCGGGUGCAAGGAAACAUAUUACACGUGGCUGGUGGGUUGAAGCUCGGUUGGCCCCAAAGAUCAGGAUCAUGAAACAUAUCAGAUGA